UCUUUGCCGUUCAGGGACAGGAGCCUGGAGGAGGCGGCGGCGGCGGCGGCGGGACGAGGGCCGGACCCCGCGGGCAGCUCCGGGGGAAGGGGCAGGCGGGGGUCGUGCCGGCGGGGCCCCGCUCGCAGCAUGCUGCCCGCACGGACACCGCCCCGACGCGCCGAUUCCCAGAAGUGAAGGUGUCUGUGCUCUACUGGGGACAAGGGGGACAACCCCUUAGAAGCAGACGUGGUUUUGAUUUCUUCAGAAGCACAAAAGGAGAUGUUCUCUUCUAUGAAAAUAACUGGAGCCACUGGCAAGAAGCAGCAGCAGCACUGCACUAAACAAGGGAAGCAUUUCCAGGUUAUCAAAACAUGCUGUUGAACUGAAUUUGCAGCUGCGUUUUCCAAUGUACCAUGGGAUGCAUCAAAUCCAAGGCUGCCUGUCAAGGUUCAAAGGCUAUCCAGGAUGAGAAGAUCGGGGUAGGCACCGAAGGAUGUGCUGGGGAGAAAUCCUCUCUGAUAGCAGUGAAGGUGGACGAGAAGGGUCCCUCAAGCACCAUCGUGCUGGACUACGCGCACCGCCUGUCCCGGGAGAUCCUGGAGCAGGCGGUGAAGCAGUGGGCAGUGACAGAGAGCAAGUACAGUGACAUCCCCUUCAUCGAGAGCGACGUGCCCUGAGCCCCAGCCUGGCCCCAGGGAGCGGCCUGGCCUGUCUGUGCAGCAGUUUGUACGUGGUACUGGUGCGAAUAAAGCACAAUCAGCUGUGGUUUGAGGAUAUUACCACUGAAUGGAUGGGUUUGCAAGGAGAGGCUGAGAAAAAAAGUUUGCCUUUUAACCUGUAUUGCUAACAAACUAAUUGGAUCACAGUAGAAUCUGUUCAUCAAGUGUCAUUUGUUACCAGCUGUAUGUUGAGUAUGUCUGUCUUUGUAUGUGUUGGAUGUGACCAGAAGUUAGGGUUAAAAAGAAGAUGAGAGGAGCGCGGCUGCCCUGCAGCUGUACAGUCAGUGCCACAGAGGCCCCAGCGACACUGAGUGACAAAGUGUGGAUUAUUUCUAUGUACUGCAUAAAAGAUCAGUGGCCUGUUAGCAGGUGAGAAGAGCUCUCUGUGCUUGGUACAUUUGUCUGCGUUUUGCUAAAGUGAAACCAAGGUCUGCAUGUAGUAAAGGUAACUGCUGCCAUAAGUUUUACUCUGAUUCUUUGACCUGGCUAAAUCUGUAAUAACCACAAAAUAAAGAAGGCAAUGACAAGCGUUUCAUAAAGCCAAGCAGUAUUCAGGGAACCGUAUGGAUGACGUAUGACCUUCCACUCUGAGGUGAGCCAGUGAGAAACAUGGCAGUAUUGACAAAACAGUGCAUUAUAAUUAACAGAUGCUUCUGUAAAUGCAUGAGAGCUAGUCUCUGAAAUCCUGCAGUAAGAUAGGUUGAUGACAUCUGAUCACUGUGUUCAGACCAAAGCUGUUCGGUUUUUUUGGGUUUGGGGGUUUGGGGUUUUGUUUAGGUUUAUUUUCCUGUUUGGGUGCUGGUUGGGGGGGGAUUUGGUUUUGUUGUUUUGCUGUAACCCAGAUAGGUGUGCAAAAACUACUGAUGCUAACUAGUGAAAUGAACCUUCAAAGGUGUGACAGUGUUUUAGGACAAUUUAUUUCAUGGGAACUCUGGCUGUGUCACACUAAGAUUCCUCUCUAAAGUAGCACCCAUGGGACAGGACACCUUCCUUCAGCUUCUGUAGGCUCUUGCUCAUCUGUUGGUAAAUCUGUGUGUGGUGGUGCCAGUAAAAGCCCCAGGAGCCCAGACCCUGAGCAGUGCCCUGCAUGCACUGAGUUAGUGACGAAGCCUUAGGCCCAAAGUUCAAGGGCUACAUUCUUCACCCAUUUUAUCUGGCUUUUAUCCACACACUGCUCCCAGCUUCCCCAGGACUCUCAGCCUGACCCACUGUGCUCACAACUGGCAUUUGAGAGAUCAGGAAUGGGAUGGAUUGUAUUAAUCUUAAAGGGACGUUGUUGCUGGCAUUUUAUCCGAAGUGAAGGCCUUGUAACAGCUUGGUGUUUUACCACCUGUUUGUUCCUUUUUUUCUGUGAUGGCCAGUUUAAAAGACAUAGUUCUUUUUCCUAGAUCAAAGUGUUUCCAUUUUAUGUUUUCAUUUUAUAGAGAAAUGCUUUCCAUACUGGUAAAAGCUGUUACUAUUUUUAAAAGGUACGUGUAGUUCUAGUGAAUGAUACAAAGCAUGAUUUUUCAAGCAAUGGGAAGCAAGCAGAGAGAGGACCAUGUCAACUGUUAUUUUUAGCUUAUUCUCAGACAUAAGACAGCCCAUGAAUUGAGCUGUUUUGCAAAUGCUGAGACACAAAUUUAGUCAUUUCAAAUUCACCUCUAUCGGGAAGUGGUUUUAUCAAGAGUAAAGGGUGGAAAAUGCUUGUGACACAGCACAGGACUGCUACUAAUUCCCAAUGACCAGACUGGACCUUGCUAUUAAGACUGUUCUCAGGCUUUUGCUGAAAAAGGGAACAAAAUCGGCUUAUGCUGUAACGUCCUCUUUGAAGUAACAUUGUUGUCUUCAAAGCCAUAUGCAAAGUGGGACUAAGGUAUUAUGGCUCACUUAAAUUCUACUGCUAAUAGUGAUGUUCCUUGAAGUUCUACAGCAUAGAAAACAUUAGAUCAUACCCUAUGUUUGCUCUGUCUAAAAAACCUCUGUGUAUUAGGGUGAGUUAGAAAGCAAAGCCAAAACACUGACCAGGUCAGUACAUAUCAGUUGUGCAUUGUUUAACCACAGUAUUAAAGAUUCCUACUCUUAUUAUAACUAAAACAAAGCUUUAUUACAAAACAAGGCAAACCACUCCAAUGUGAGUUUUGACUCAAGAAUGUUAACACAGCUACCCACAGUAAUUAAAAAACAAUAAACCCCCAAGCUCCACAGCCAUUCAUGGCCAGGCAGGUGAACGGCAGAUAAAAACUGCACUCCCUUUCAGAGCACAAUGAGGUGUAUCUGCCUCGACCCUGGUACAGGGUUGGUGGCUGCCAUGGGGAGUUGGGUGUUGCAGUGCUCGCUGUUGCCACAUCUCAAAUCCUUCCUUUGGAUGUAGCCUUAGCAUCUGACACUUUUCAGGAAUAUCAGAUGCACUUCUGAAAGCAGCUUCUCCGCCACACGGUCCAAGAGCAGGCAGAAUGAUAAACCAGCCUGAACUUAGAUCACAGCAUCCAUCCUGAUAAAUACUCAGAAUUUCCCCAAAGGAGAAGGUUAGCCAGGUGGAAUUAAACAUGCACCAUAGACUGCUUCCAUUUGGAGAUGCUGCUGUGUGGGAUGGUGGCUGUGCUGUUUGGUGGGUCCAGCCAGCCACUUACCUGCAGCCCCACACCUCGUCUUCCCUCAUUAACGCCUGAAGAUUACAGCAGCUUCAGUGUGGCCUGAAGUGCAAUUCCAGCUGGUUUAUGCUGCUUUCCAUGACACUGGCACUUCAGGGAAAGCACGCAGCAAAUGGAAAGCAAACAAGCUUGCAAACAACAGGGAGGCAGCUUCUCACCAGGAAAAUCAUCUCUUUUACAAGAUGCUGUCCUUAUAAAUAAUGCACCUAUCCUUAAUAAAAAAUAAAUAAAAACUGUUCGGUACCACAGUCUGGUGAGACAUCGAAGGAAAUCCCUUUCCAGAGCCCUGCUGUACAUUCAAUAGGCGCAAUAAUAAUGCAUAAUAAAAAUGAAGACUUCUUUACCUAAAUAAUACUACAACUGUUUACUUACCAUUAAAUUGUGCUAUGCUGUGCUACAGUUUUUAUAAGCCCAUGUACAGUGGGUUCCCAGCUAAGUUGCCACUGAUUCUUUGACUUGAUGGUGUGAAAUGAAGGCACUCAAGUUUAGGACUGGCAAACUCUGCAAAACCAUUUACUUCUGUUUAGGAGUUAAAAAAUACUUUUGCUUUAUAUUUUCUCCAGGAAACCUAAGAUUAGUCUGAGUGGAUGUGAUGUGACGGACUUGAUGUUCUAAUACUGGUUCAGAACACGUUAACUGCAGCACAACUUUGUAAAAUCGACAUUUCUGGAGUAAGACACAUCAGUAUUCCCAAAUAAAACACACUACAAUAUAUUUUUACAAUAUUUUUUGUGGAAAAUAUUUUCUUGUGGACCAAAUAAAAUUCAACUUACCAUCUG